AUGGGCCAUUUGAAGGCCAAUUGUCCUCAGCUUGCAUCCAGGGCGGUUCAGGUGCCCCCCUCAGCAGUUUUUCAUAUCACCAAUGGUUGGCAGGGAAAAGCCGAGGCAUCGAGGGCUCGAGGCAGAGCAUUUCAGCUGAUAGUAGAGGAGGCCCAUGCAGCUCCAGAUCUCGUAGCUGGUAAAUUUCUUGUGAACUUUGUUCCUGCACUUGUGCUUUUUGACUUGGGUGCGAGUCAGUCUUUUGUGUUGUUAUCUUUUAGUCGCAGUUUUAGCAUUCCACUGGAGGCCUUGAGUCGACCUCUGAGGGUCUCAAUUCUGGAUGAGCACUCUGUAUCAGCUUCAAAGAUUCACCGGGACUAUUCGCUUGAGAUUUUUGGUAUAGGCUAUCAGAUUGAUCUCAUCCCUAUCCCAAUUGGGGAUGUCAGUGUUAUUGUCGGCAUGGAUUGGUUGGGCCAAUUUGGGGAUCUUAUCGAUUAUGAGCGUUAA